AUGGGUAAAGGAACGGAUAAGCUAUAUAUUACUCACUCGGAAUGGGCAUCGGAGGACGCAUACUCCGCCAGCGCUGGCGCUGGAUUAGCCGGUGGUCGAAACACUACAGUCCACGCAUCCUUCAAGCGUCUACCGUUCAACUUCUGCUCUCUUUCGCUUCAACCCUUCAAACACCCGGUCUGCACAGCCCAAGGAACCAUUUUCGAUCUUACAAAUAUCCUACCAUGGCUGAAGAAACACGGUACCAACCCCGUUGACGGAAGUCCCCUGAAGAGCUCCGAUCUGAUCAAGUUGAACUUUGCGAAGAAUGAGGCGGGCGAAUAUGUCGAUCCGGUUACGUUCAAAGUUUUCACUGAUAACACGCAUAUCGUCGCAUUGCGCCCCUCGGGAAACGUGUUUGCAUGGGAUACGGUGGAGAGGCUGAACGUCAAAGCUAAGAUGUGGCGCGAUCUGGUCACGGAUGAGGAGUUUGGCCGCAAGGAUAUUAUUACAUUGCAAGAUCCGCAGAACAUUGAAGCGCGCAACCUCAGUUCUUUCAAGUAUCUCAAGGACGGGGAAACUGCGUUGACCGAGGAGCAACUCCGAGAGCGAAACGAUCCUAUCAACAAUGUCAACUUGAAUGCGAUGGGUAGUUCUGCGAAAAUUCUCAAAGCCAAGGAGGCGGUUGCGCGGGCUCGUGCUGAACGCGGCGCGCAACAAGCAAAAGCUUCUGCUGACAAGAGCGGUGUUUCAGUCAGGUCAAAAGCCACCACUGUGUCACAUCAACCAACUAAAUCCGUCCCAUUCAAUGCUGCUCGACAUACAACUGGUCUUGCUGCAGCGUCUUUCACAAGCACUGGGUUGACACCUCACACUGAAGCUGAUCUAGCCACUUUGUCAGAUGAACAGUAUAUGUUGAAGCGCGGUAGAGUGAAAGAAAAGGGUUACGCUCGUAUUUCGACAACAAUGGGUGAUUUGAACCUGGAAUUGCAUACCGAAUAUGCGCCCAAGGCUGUCUGGAACUUUAUACACCUAGCCAAGAAGGGAUACUAUAAGGAUGUUGUAUUUCACCGCAACAUCAAGGGCUUUAUGAUACAGGGAGGUGAUCCUACUGGAACGGGGCGUGGUGGCGAAAGUAUCUGGGGAAAGAACUUUGAUGAUGAAUUCGACGGACCUCUCAAACACGAUGCCCGAGGUACCCUCAGCAUGGCAAAUAAGGGUAAAAACACUAAUAGCAGUCAAUUUUUCAUUGCAUAUCGUGCCUUACCUCAUCUGAAUAACAAGCAUACCGUCUUUGGUCGUAUCAUUGACGAUCCAUCACCCUCGUCAACAACCUUGAAUGCAAUGGAAGUGGCGCCGGUUGACUCCACCACCAACCGACCAACUACCGACAUACGAAUCAAAGAUGUAACUAUAUACUUCGACCCGUUUGAGGAAUUCAUGAACAAGCAAACUACCCAGAAUGCCAGGGAAGGGGCGCAUGCUCAGAAGAAAAAGGAUGAGAAAGCAGCGGAUAACGUCGAUGAUGAUUUAGUCACAUGGACUGGCAAACGUGUUCGCGGUCUAGACGGAUCCGGAGCAUCGGGCACCAAUGAAGGCGCUGGAGUAGGAAAAUACCUGAGAGCCGCGCUAGCUGAGCAAAAAACGCGAAAGCAGGCCGAUGAGGAUGAGAUUAUUGAAUAUAUGGAUGAUCCGGAACAUGAGCUACCAGAGCCAACACGCAAGAAGUUCAAAUCAUCGGGUGGGUUUGGAAAUUUUGAGGGGUGGUAG